CUUGCCCUCUUCUCCCAUCCGAAAGUCUUAUCGACCCUCUCGAGUCUCUCGACCCCGAACGACUCAGCUAAGCAGCAGCGGAAUAUUCGUCAGCGAGCGCCCGCGAGAUGGAGGCCUUUACCGAUAUGAAUAUGACACCUUUCUGGGACUUGUCGCAGGCGUCGCAGUUCUCGCAGCUCCCGGACGACGACUUUCUGGCGCUCCUGCAGAAGCAGUUCCCCGCCGUUGGAGGAGAUCUCGCGGCGAACAACACCUUCGAUCGCGAUAGCGUCAACCCACGGAAUGUGACCUCCUUCCCUCCCCCGACUUUUUCCCCGCCCUCCGAGGAGAGCAGCCCCAGCCCGCCGUCGUCCAGCAAGGAUUCGACAGAUGGAAGGAACGAGGAGGAACUGGGGGAAACGCCUUUGAAGCGCAAGGCGAGCCAAGAUGACCUCGACGAUGAGGGUCCGAGCCACAAGACGCAGCACACUGCCCCUGCUACCUCCACAUCGAGCAAGAAAGGUGCCUCCCAUGGACGACGCAAGUCGGCAGGUGGACAAGCGGGUGGUUCGUCUGGUUUGUCACAGGAGGAGCAGAGGUUGCUGAAGCGGAAGGAGCAGAACCGUGCCGCACAAAGGGCAUUUAGGGAACGCAAGGAGAAGCAUGUUAAGGACUUGGAAGAUCAGGUAGCUGCGCUGGAGGCCAAGAAUGCAGAGGCGAGCUCGGAGAACCAAAACUUGCGCGACAUGUUGCAACGACUUCAGAGCGAGAAUAUGGCCUUGAAGCAGGCGCAGUUCACAUUCGCCGUUCCCAAGAACCCGUCAAAUAACCAGCGCGGCUCGCUCACCUCAGACGCUAUGCUUUUCAACCUGCCGCGGUCAGGCUCUUCCUCCUCUUCCUCGCCCUCUGGUCAGCCCUCACCUCCAAACAACGCGGACGGCAGUCCGAUAGAUUGGAGCACCUUGACCACUUUCGAUAACAACAAUACCGGCAUGCACCUGUUGGACGACUCCCCUCAGGCGACGGCCAGCUCGAGCGCCAUGCAGAUGAACAUCGGCGGGUUCGAGAAUGGCAAAACCCCAUCGGAGAGCGGGUUCAGCCUGAACGGCAUGAACUGGCAGUCGGAAUCGACGAACCUUGACGAGCUCUUCGCAGGAUAUCUCUCGCAGAAUCAGAGCCCGCUCGACUUCAACAUGCUGGGCGCCAGCCCUCCCGCGAACGGCAACGGCCACAACGCCGGGAACAACGGCAAUGGCAACGCUAGCAGCAUCAGCAUCAGCCCCAUCAUUCAUAACUAUACCCCCGCAGCCCUACGCUCGAACCCCAGCCUCAACAACACGCCAUCCAUCUCGAACUCAGCAUCGUCGCCAGAGUCGGCAGUACUGCGCACGCCUCCCGAGCAGGCGGGCGAGCACAAGGAGAAGGAGUGUCCGAAGACGAAGGCCGAGUUCCAGAAGCAUAGCGAGGAGCUCGGCGAGUCACCCUUCACCUCCUCCUCGCCGACACCUGAAGACGAAGCGUGCGCGGCGGGCGAGGCGUGCGCAUCGCCGGGUACGGUCGUGAACAACCUGCGCAAGGGCGUCGACGGGACGAUCAUGUGCAAGGGCACGCAGUUCCCGAAGACGGAGAAGAGCGACAAGAACAUUGAGGUGCUGAAGGCGUGGCGGACGAUCACGAACAGCCCAUUGUACAAGGAUGUCGACAUCAAUGAGCUGUGCUCGGAGUUCACGUCGAAGGCGCGGUGUGACGGGACGAAGGUGGUGCUGGAGCCGUCGGGGGUGAACAAGAUCCUGGAGGGGCUGAAGUCGAAGCAGGCGGGUGGUCAUUAGAUGGCCAGUGGUUUGGCGCGGCCGCGCUAUAGACAGUCGGCGCCGUUGCCUUGCUCGCCGGACACCUACCCCGCGCUCGCCAACCCGCCGCGCUCGCUACCGAGCGCGCGAUCCCGUUGCCCACCUACCAGUUUCUCCCUCGAUGUUCGUCCCAUGUCACGUCAUGUCCGUCUUCCUUCCGCAUCACUGGCAUCUCGCACUGUCUGCCGUCUCGCUUCACAUAAUCCUAUAUCUAUAUAACGCUCUCCUUCUGUCUGGCAUUUGUAUCCUCUACUCUGCGUACGCUCUCUAUACGAGGUGUAUACGAUGUAUAUCAUGGUUUUGUGAUGGUUAGCGGGGCGGCGGGAGCGGGCGCGUUGGGAUAGUCGUGGGGAGGUCACCGCGGUUCACUGACGCGCGAGUGCUAGCCGGGCGCUGUCGACUGGGGUUGGGGACAAGAAGCAGCAAGUCGAGGUGCGGGUGCGGGUGGGUGUUGGCUCGAUUUUUCGUUCGGUCGUCUGUCCAGGUCAUCGUGCUGUUCCGAUGCUUGUUUUCAUUUUUACUGUACACAUAGUUAUAAGGACGAUCGCGCUUGCGGUAAUCUGAUACGGUAGUAGAAUGACAAUGAAGUUACUGAAGCAUA